AUGGUUGGGACCCAGCCAGCUGGUGGCGGUGGCUGAAGGAAUCUCGCUGACAUAUCGGACAACGAAAUACAGAAAGACACGCGCGAGCACAGUUGAAGAGACCAGAAGUGCACGACUUGUUAAUAAGCGUGUUUUGGGGGCUCGACAAAAAUUGGAAAGUAUCAUGAUGGCAAUCCUGGGCAACGCCGGUCGCUUGAUUCAAUUUGUCAGGAGCAGUGUCAGUCUAAGCGUGAGGGCACGUGCUACUGCUGCAGCUUUGGCCGAUACUGCGACCCCAGAAACUCAGGACAAUAGGAAACCCAAGACGGGCAUCCUGAUGCUGAACAUGGGAGGACCUGAAAAACUAGAAGAUGUACACGACUUCCUGCUGAGGCUCUUCAUGGACACAGACCUGAUGAAACUUCCAGUACAGAAUAAGCUCGGCCCAUUCAUUGCCAAGCGCCGCACGGCAAAGAUCCAGGAGCAGUACAGUAAGAUUGGAGGAGGCUCGCCCAUCAAACGUUGGACGGCCGUGCAGGGAGAGGGCAUGGUGAAGCUGUUGGAUGAGAUGAGCCCCGAGACAGCCCCUCAUAAGUUCUACAUCGGUUUCCGGUAUGUCCACCCACUGACUGAGGAGGCCAUCGAGGAGAUGGAGAAAGACGAAGUGGACCGAGCUGUGGCCUUCACACAAUAUCCACAGUACAGCUGCUCCACCACAGGUAGCAGUUUAAACGCCAUCUACCGUUACUAUAGAAGCAGAGGCGACAGGCCGAAAAUGUGCUGGAGUGUCAUUGACCGUUGGCCCACACACCCUCUGCUGGUGGAGUGUUUUGCAGAACACGUCAGUAAUGAGCUCCUGAAGUUUCCAGAAGAGAAGAGAGAUGAUGUAGUGAUUCUAUUCUCAGCCCAUUCACUUCCUAUGGCUGUUGUUAACAGAGGUGACCCAUAUCCUCAGGAAGUGGGCGCCACAGUUCAGAGAGUUAUGGAGCGACUCGGACACUGUAACCCUUACAGACUGGUGUGGCAGUCCAGGGUGGGGCCCAUGGCAUGGCUCGGCCCCCAGACGGAUGAGGUCAUUAAAGGUCUUUGUGAAAGGGGGAAGAAGAACAUCCUGCUAGUGCCAAUCGCCUUCACCUCCGAUCACAUCGAGACUCUACAUGAGCUGGACAUCGAGUAUGGACAAGUGCUGGGUGAGGAGUGUGGUGUGGAGAACCUCAGGAGAGCAGAGUCGUUGAAUGGGAAUCCUCUGUUUAUGAAGGCUCUGGCAGAACUGGUCCAAUCCCACCUGAAGUCCAAUGAGCCAUGUUCCCGCCAGCUGACCUUGCGCUGCCCGCUGUGCACCAAUCCCACCUGUGGGGAGACCAAGGCCUUUUUUGCCAGCCAGAAACUGUCAUAGAACAUGUGCACAGACAAGCACGCCCGUGCUACCUCUGGAGACAUUACGAAGAUAUGUACUGCGCAAUGUGGAAAGUCAGUUCAUACCGACUUACACCUUUUUAAAAAAGGAGAACUUAAGCCAAAAUUCCUUUUGUAAGAAUACGUCGUAUACACCUCCACUGGUCUAAACGCAGUAUUCUUAUUCAUAUUGCGUUUGUGCAAGGAGGAUUGAAACAUUAAAUCAUCAGUUUUCACCCAUCUCAGGUAGCCGCCAUGUUGGGCAAUGUCCCCCUCUGCUGUCGACUGAAGUUAACGUCACAAGUUAACAUACAUUUUGGAUGACAAAAUUUUAGCCCGUUUGGGUUCAAUCCAUCAUGUCAUCAACCCUUAUUUAUGCUUGUUAUCGCAACAUAAACGGGGAGUCCGUUUAGCUGUUUUCCUGGUCACAUGAUGUUACGCAUAUAGCUGUUACACGCGGGGGUAGUUGUGAAAUUAAUUUCAGGUCGACAGCAGGAAGGGGCUACCUGAGAUGGAUGAAAAUUGAUGAAUUAAUCUGUUUUAAUUCUUAUUCCACAAAUGCAAUAUUAAUCAGAAUACUGUCAGUCUACUUGAGGAAGAUACAAACUAUUCUUGCAAAAAUGCAUUUUGGCUUUUAGUUCCCCUUUAAGGAAAAACGUCAAAGGAAAAGGUUGGAAUAAGCUAUGUGUUAGCAUCUUGUACUUUUUUCAGUUUCUUUUGUUUACACAGAAACAGUUUAGUAAUCUUUUUGCUUCGUUUUGGGAGUCGGAGCGGCAUGGCGGACGACUGGUGAGCACAUCCACCUCCCAGUUCUGAGGACUCAGGUACAAAUCCAGCCUCUCCUGUGCAGAGUUUGCAUGUUCUCCCCGUGCCUGCGUGGGCUUUCUCCGGGCACUCCGGUUUCCUCCCACAUCCCAAAAACAUGCGUGCUAGGUUAAUUGAAAACUCUAAAUUGCCCAUAGGUGUGAAUGUGAGUGUCAUUGGUUGUUUGUUUAUACAGUGGGUAUGGAAAGUUUUCAGACCCCCUUACAUUUUUCACUCUGUUAUAUUGCAGCCAUUUGUUAAAAUCAUUUAAGUUCAUUUGUUUCCUCAUUAAUUUACACACAGCACCCCAUAUUGACACAAAAAAAUGAAUUGUUGAAAGUUUUGCAGAUUUAUUAAAAAAGAAAAACUGAAAUAUCACACAGCCAUAAGUAUUCCAACCAUUUGCGGUGACACUCUUGUAUUUAACUCACGUGCUGUCCAUUUCUUCUGCUCAUCCUUGAGAUGGUUCUAGACCUUCAUUGGAGUCCAGCUGUGUUUGAUUAUACUGAUUGGACUUGAUUAGGAAAGCCACACCCCUGUCUAUAUAAGACCUUACAGCUCACAGUGCAUGGCAGGGCAAAUGAGACUCAUGAGGUCAAAGGAACUGCCUGAAGAGCGCAGAGACAGAAUUGUGGCAAGGCACAGAUCUGUCCAAAGUUACAAAAAUAUAUAGAUGCUGCACUUAGGGUUCCUAAGAGCACAGUGGCCUCCAUAAUCCUUAAAUGGAAGACAUUUGGGACGACCAGCACCCUUCCUAGAGCUGGCCAUGCGUCCAAACUGAGUAAUUGGGGUAGAAGAGCCUUGGUGAGAGAGGUAAAGAAGAACCCAAAGAUCACUGUGGCUGAGCUCCAGAGAUGCAGUCGGGAGAUGGGAGAAAGUUCUAGAAAGUCAACCAUCACUGCAGCCCUCCACAAGUCGGGGCUUUGUGGCAGUGCAAGACACAUGAAAGCCCGCAUGGAGUUUGCUUAAAAAAAAAAACAUCUGAAGGACUCAAAGAUGGUGAGAAAUAUGAUUCUCUGGUCUGAUGAUACCAAGAUAGAAAUUGUUGGCCUUAGUUCUAAGUGGCAUGUGUGGAGAAAACCAGGCACUGCUCAUCACCUGUCUAAUACAGUCGCAACAGUGAAGCAUGGUGGUAGCAGCAUGAAUGUGAACAAAAGAUGAAUGUGGCCAAGUACAGAGAUAUUCUGGACGAAAACCUUCUCCAGAGUGCUCAGAACCUCAGACUGGGCCAAAGGUUCACCUUCCAAAAAGUCAAUGACCCUAAGCACAGCUAAAAUACCGAAGGAGUGGCUUCAGAACAACUCUGUGACUGUUGACUUGAAUGGCCCAGCCAGAGGCCUGACUUAAACCCAAUUGAGCAUCUCUGGAAAGACCUGAAAAUGUCUGUCCACCAACCUUCACCAUCCAACCUGACAGAACUGGAGAGGAUCUGCAAGGAGGAAUAGUAGAUGAUCCCCAAAUGCAGGUGUGAAAAACUGCAUAAUUCCCAAAAAGACUCAUGGCUGGAUUAGCUCAAAAGGGUGCUUCUACUAAAUACUGAGCAAAGGGUCUGAAUACUUAAGGCUGUGUGAUAUUUCAGUUUUUCUUUUUUAAUAAAUCUGCAAAAAUUUCAACAAUUCAGUUUUUUUUCUCCUGUCAAUAUGGAGUGCCGUGUGAACAUUGAUGUGGAAAAAAUGAAGUUAAAUGAUUUUAGCAAAUGGCUGCAAUAUAAAAAAAGAGUGAACAUUUUAAGGGGGUCUGAAUACUUUCCGUACCCACUGUAUGUGCUCUGCGAUUGGCUGGCGAUCGGUUCAGGGUGUACCCCGCCUCUUGCCCAGAGUCAGCUGGAAUAGGCUCCAGCACGCCCGUGACCCUAGUAAGGAUAACCGGUACGGAAAAUUGAAGGAUGCUGGAUUCAGUGGAAAAGUGUGAAACAUAUGCAAAUAUUAAAAGUCAGCUGAUGGUAAAAAUAUUACAAGUUUAACUGCUCAAGGUCUGUGUCUAAAUAGAAGCGAUAACUGCAGAAACAUCUUUAUCCCAUCAAAAUAACAAUCAAAAAUCAUUGCACUGUUUUUAAGUCCCUUUUUUUUUUUUUUUUUUUUUUUUUUUUUUUGCUAAAGUUUGUUCUUCCAUUCCAUCAUCUUGGUCCCUGAUAACUACUUUCUUGUUUGUCUGCUGACUGACUGCAGUCGGAAGGUUGUGAUGUUUUCCUCUUUGUGGUGGUGUAAACAUUCAAGCAUAAGUGGUAAUCACAUUGCUGGGCUUACAAACAACCUUGCCUCAAUUCUAGAGAUAGUUUAUUAACUUUCUUUAUAACUGCUGUUAACCAUAUUCUCUAGAUUUUUGUAAACUUCCAUGUCUCGUAGCAGGAUGUUUCAAGGUCAACUGUCUGCUUAGCCAUCCAUCCUUGAGAUUCUUCAUGAAUUAUUAUGUUUAAAAAUGGCAACUCUUUGCUGAAAAAAAAAUCCUCCCUUCUUGAGAUGUAUAAAUGUCCCCUAAAGAUAUUCCGUUGUUUUUGUCCUAUGUUGCCAUCAUAAUGUGCCUUUUACAUAUAUAUAUUUUUUACAGCUAAUUGAGAAAAAUGAAUUUACCGAAUGGCAUGCUUGAUCAUUGGCCCGAUUGACGCCAAAUAAGUUAACAGUUAGGCCAUGGGUUCUCUUUAAAAAGAGAAUGUAAUCUUCGAUAAAGCAUAAGAACCCUAUUGAAGGGGAAAUGAGAGCAUCACAUGUUCCAUGUUAGACUGUCUUACUCUUGUCAACAUUGGUACAUUGUAACCACUGGUAUUCUCCUGAACUACUAGCAUAAUUUUACAGAUGUAGUUUUGCUUCCGCAUCAACCAUCCUCCCCUAAAAUGCAUCCAGAAUUGCAAUUUACACCAAAGUCUCUCUUCACAUACGCAAACUCGUGAUGCUUGUGCUUCCAAAAUUUGCUCAAAAUAUAUAGAGAAAUGAGGCUGCGUGAAGUGUCAACAUUGUUUGUACGAGGUUUCCAGACUACAUUAAGGAAGUGUUUGUACACAGCUAAUCCCAGACACAUUUAGUAUAGGCUGUGAGCUAAAAUAAGCUAAGAUCAUUGCAAAACAAUACAGUUACACCAUGGCCACGGGCCAACACAUACCGCUUAACUGUAGCGCACAAUUUGGGGGAGAAAAAGUCAUUCAAGCAGUUGAAUGGGGUUAUCUGUUGUUCAGCCUAAAGCAAUGUCUGCUGCCAAAAGGUGGCAUAGAAUUACUUUAUAAUUAAGAUUAGCAGGGGUUUUUUUCCCCCCAGCUCCAGCAUAUUUCUGUUUGCAUUUAUUUAUUUGCGUUUGAUUUGUUGUGUCAUGGAACACAUUUUUCCACAGUUUAAAACAACAAUUGACUCUUGGUGUGUCAGCAUGUCUUCCUGUAUUAUGGUCAAAUAAAUGGCAAAAUGUGA